ACUCUUUCUUCGUCUUGGCAUAAACCCCAAAUUAUCGAAGUGAAGACGGUGAAGAGAGACAACAAUGGCGUGGAGGCAAAUUCUCUUCAACAGAAGAGUGCUUUCUGCAGCAAAUCCAUUCCUGAACCCACACUCAGCUUCGAUUGUUCCCGCCUUCUCAAGAUUCUUCUCAAAGCCAGCUCCAUACGCAGUGAAGGUUGGGAUACCAGAGUUCUUGCAGGGCAUAGGUGGAGGGGUUGAAGCCCAUGUUGCCAAGCUUGAAACUGAAAUUGGUGACUUCAAUAAGUUACUUGUCACACGUACUCUCAAGCUCAAGAAACUAGGCAUCCCCUGCAAACAUAGGAAGCUGAUACUGAAAUACUCCCACAAAUAUAGAGUGGGACUGUGGAGACCUCGUGCUGAACCAUUGAAAGCAUAAAGAUCUCUACCAGCUGCCGCUCAUUCAGAGAACAUCGAAUUGCAGAGUUCUGUGAUACGCGAUUCUCAUACUCUUUUUCUUCUGGUUUUGUUUUUUGGUGAAACAUUUUAUUCUGUUCAGGAGCCCAAAAUUUUGGGUUUAGUCUAUGAGAUAAGGCUUUCGUGGAUAUUUUGGACGAAUCAUUUGUUGUAGUUAGUUCAUAACACAUUGACCUGUUAGUGCGUCUUGAUGGACAAGGGAACAUUAAUAUGGGAAGCAAGACAAACCCAUGGCAAGCAAAAUAAGAGAGAUACAAAUCAGAUGGGAAA